CCGACUACAAGUCCCAGGGAGCCGGCCGGGGAGGGGCGCGCUGGGCGCGGACGGGCAAAGCGAGACCAUUUCCAGGCCCGGGCGCCGGUGCCCCUGUCCUGCGCGGGCUGGGCAGUCCGGGGCGGACGGGCCGAAAGCCCUGCCGUCCGUGCCGGAUCCCUGCCGCAAACCGAGUGGCCUGGGCGUCCCUGAUCCCUGUUGUGGUCGUUGUUUAUUCUACGAGCACGAAAUUCCUCCCCGCCCGCCCCUCCCUCCUCUGCUGUAACAUGCCUUAGUGAGGCCGCGCCCGCACUGCCCUGGGUGCUAGAGUUCGCGGGCAGCCGCCAUGGGGAAUGGGAUGAACAAGAUCCUGCCUGGCCUGUACAUUGGCAACUUCAAAGAUGCCAGAGAUACAGAGCAAUUGAGCAAGAACAAGGUGACACAUAUUCUGUCUGUCCACGAUAGUGCCAGGCCUAUGUUGGAGGGGGUUAAAUACCUGUGCAUUCCAGCCGCGGAUUCACCAUCUCAAAACCUGACAAGACAUUUCAAAGAGAGUAUUAAAUUCAUUCACGAGUGCCGACUCAGGGGUGAGGGCUGUCUUGUACACUGCCUGGCCGGCGUCUCCAGGAGCGUGACUCUGGUGAUCGCGUACAUCAUGACCGUCACCGACUUUGGUUGGGAAGACGCCCUGCACACUGUGCGUGCAGGGAGGUCCUGUGCCAACCCCAACCCGGGCUUCCAGAGGCAGCUCCAGGAGUUCGAGAAGCGUGAAGUCCACCAGUACCGGCAGUGGCUAAAGGAAGAAUAUGGAGAGAGCCCUUUGCAGGAUGCGGAAGAAGCCAAAAACAUUCUGGGUAAAUAUAAAGAGCAAGGGCACAUGGAGUCCCGGCCUGGCACGAGGCAGUGGAGCAGCUUUCAGGCUCUGCCUCCACUGGCCUUCAGCAACUACACGACGGAGACCUAAUGCAGAGCCAUCUGGUGCCUGCCAUUCCCGCAGCUUGUCUUCAGGGUAUUCCUGCCGGGUGCCCCGGUGUGCUGGCUGCCACCUCGGAGGCCAGGAAAGGGAGCGUGGCGAAGGUGGUUCCUUCCCCAGACCCCCCAGCCCUGCCCCAGACCCCUUCACUCGCCCACCCCUGCCCCACCUGAGCUUGCUGCACCGCUGCCUGGCGCCUCCGUGUAUGCACACGUGUGUGAGUGUGUAAGCUCUGAAUGUUCACGUUGCUUAGAACAGUCACAAAAUCCAUGCUGUCAGGAUUAGUAUCACCACCUUUCCCUCCGUCCAAGACUCCGCGUGCGAGGCAUUUAAGUUGGCGUCUGGAAAGCUGCUCAGCCAGAAGCAGCCUGUGCCUGUGAACAGACAGUGAGGAGAACUCAGGCGGCCGAGCAGCUGAGGGCCGCGGCCUUCCCCAGGACCAGGGUGGUCAUGGCAGGGGAGCAGGAGGCCAGGCUCCCGCCUGAAGGUAGUUCCAGGGGCCCUGGAAGGAGGGGUGCUCUAAGCAUUGCCUCCAUCUUAAUGAAAGUGCCCCAGCCCAGGGCUCCCUGCUGCCUCAAGCCAAGGCCCCCUUUUCAGCCCAUCGUGUCCUCUCUUGGUGUUUGUUCUCUGUGGCACUGGCUGCAUUUUGGUUCCACGGGGAGCACUGCCUCUUCAGCCAAAGCUGUGUGCCCAGAGCACUCUUCCUUCCCCCUCCUGUCCCGCUUCACUGCUCUAGCCUCCCGCUGUUGUCAUUCUGCAGGCGUGUCUUGGCAGGGUUUGCAUGCACCCUCAGGAGCUGGGAAGAAAGAGCGUUUAUUAGGCACUGUAGCAGUUUGCAUUAAAGAUACAUUUAAAAAUGCCUGAGCACUCAUCAAGCACCUUUGUGUAUGCUGUGGAUUUCAUAUUUGAUCUCAGCUACCUCAUUAAAUAUUUUUUGGAAAGGUGUUUUUCGUUAUUCCAAUCAACUCUGCCUCAUAGUUGAAAAUGUUCGGUCAUGAUUGCUUUUGAAGCCAAAGGGAGAAGCAUCAUUGAGCUGUUUAAGGGAUCUGAUUUGGGCUCCAAUAAUGCUUUCUGGUGGGUAAAAUUCUGCAUUCACACCAAGGCCAGCAGGCCAGGAGAGCAUCUGCAGUUCACAGCUUGGGCAGCAGGCACCCUGGAUGCUGUGAGCAGCUCUGUGGUCCAUUCCUCUCUACCAAGUCAGGUGGUUUAAGCACACAGAGCCACAAGAAUGAAAAAAUAUACUCGACCUCUCCCUAAAAACAUGUUGCAACCCAGUUUUUCCAAAUUCCACCACAAAAAGAGCCCCUAAAUAAGAAGAGCAGUUUUCCUGUGCUUGUAGAGGGUGUGUCACAGGUGAGCUCUUUGGGGACCGGGGAGAAUGAAGCUGCCUGAGUCUACACUCACACACAGGCCCCAGACAUACAGUGAGAAAGGGAAAUGUGCCCACAGAAAUAUCCAUCUACAGCUGAAACAAUUUCCCUUUAAAGUACAUUUUUUUCCUUAAACCAAAAUGAAAUGUAAAUAUGUUAACAUAAAAAGUAUUUAGGGUAUCAGCUUGAAUGCUUAAAUGUGUGUACAUCUCUGAACAUCUAGAUGUACCCCUGCAGGUCCUGAAAUGUUGUUUUAAUAUUUGCUGCCAGUAAUGUUCUUUCUCCACAGCCCCUCCGGGAAUUCUGAAGUCCUGGGCCUUUCUCAGAAGACUGUAAUGUACCUGAAGUUUCUGAAAUGUUGCAAAGCCACAGAGUUUAGGCUGGUGCUGCCAAAAGAAAAGCAACCCAGUGUUGAUUUUCAAGUAUCCAGAAGUGAUUUGUAAACUUGUUUUUCAAUUUAAACUGAAUACGUGUGUAACUGUGGUGUUAUAUGCUGAGAACUAAGGAUACUCUUUAGCAAGAUAAAAUAUUUUUA